AUGACGCCCUGCCGGGACUAUCGUAGUCGCAGCGGCUUGCCGCUCAGGAACAGCCUGAAGCUCACUGGGCGACUGUUUCCGCGGGGCCAUGGAAACUGCAUUCUGCGGUCGGUCGGUCGGUCGACUCGUUCUUGAGGCCUGCGCUGCUGCGUGCGAAGCGCGAGCCGAGCAUGUCCCAUCGUUUGCCUCGGAAGCUUGCGCUUGCUUGUCGAACGACCACUGUGCUAGCGAGCGCGCGCGCGACCCUGAUCUGCUCCUCCAUUUACUGCAUUGCGGCUCUUGCCAUCAUUGCCUCUUUUCCUCCGAUGUCGCGCCCUGCGCAGAGUGCGGUCGUGCUAUGGUCGCUUGGGUAUUAAGGGUACGUACCGGGCCUGGUUCCUAUUUCCCGCUGGCAAAAAAGAGUGGUAGCAUUCUAUUGCCAAGGUACCUACGCGCCAUGCAACAUACGUCCGAUUUAGCAAAGAUCGCAGGGAACGAGUUUGCAGAGAAGAGCAAAGAGUGCAUCUCAACGGCGUGAUGUCAACGGGCGUGAUCUCGAUGAUUGGGUAUCAUUACUUCGUAUUUGGUAGGUUUCGCAGUCGAAAAACCAGA